GUAAUGUCGAUGACGAAUUAUAUGCCUUAGUCGGAACCCUUUCGCCUCCUUCGGAAAGCUGUGUCCUUCCGGACGGAGGUCGUAAAACCCUUCCACGUCGCUGGCGAGAACGAAAAAGGGAUCGAAGUCUGCCUCAGCCGCCAUGGCCGGGAUUUGUCGCUUGGGCACCGCCGCCACGCGAUCCCUUGCGCGGCGGAUGAUAGCGGCGCCGCCGCACCGCCGGUCCUUCAGCGCAGUCGCGUUGGCGGAUUACUGGACGGAAUGGGAGGAGGAGGAGGAGGAGGACAAGGAGCGUUGCCGGCACGCGAUGACCGCGGCGGAGGCGUGUGGGGAGAGAGAGCCGGGUGGGGUGCAGUGGGUGUUCAUGGGGAGCCCCGCCGCCCAGAGGCACGUGUACGCCACGCGCGUGGCGAAGCUCCUCGACGUCCCGUACAUCUCGAUGGGCUCCCUCGUCCGCCAGGAACUUAACCCCAGUUCCUGCCUCUACAAUCAAAUUGUGAAUGCUAUGAAUGGUGGGAGGCUGGUGCCGCAGGAAAUCGUAUUCGGCUUGUUGUCAAAAAGACUCGAGGAAGGAUACCAGAGAGGUGAAACUGGAUUCAUUCUUGAUGGAAUCCCACGAACCAGGAUUCAGGCUGAGAUACUUGAUCAAAUAGCGGAUAUCAAUUUGGUAGUGAACUUGAAAUGCACACACUGCUUGGUCAAGCAACACUUUGGUACUAAUAUUUGUUCGCACUGUGGAAAGGCAUUUGAUGCGAUCAACUCAGAAUCAACAAGCCUUAGUCCUUGCUUGGCUACACGUACAAGACAUGAUCAACUUAAAUCAUCUGCUGCAGUAGACAUGAAGGAUCUCAGGAUGGAAAAGUUCCGUCUCUAUUCUGAGCAGAUCCAGCUGCUGGAAGAAUACUACAGGAAGCAGAAGAAGCUUUUGGAUGUACAAGUCACCGGUGGCCCAGCUGAAACCUGGCGUGGCCUUUUAGCUGCACUACAUCUCCAGCAUAUGGACACCGCCACUGCCCAGAAGCUCACGGUCUAAGUUUCUGGCGGUGUUCUUCUGCCUCGCUGCGGAGUUCACUCGAACUCCUUUUUCAAGGAGCAACUGUUGCUUCUAUUUUUUCUGUUGGUGGAUGGAGAAUCAUCAGUGACUUUGUGAUGCUGCGGCUAAUGACAAAUUGUUAUUUGAGUGGUAAUGACAGUGUAUCAAUGACGCUCGCAAGGUGUUUGUGUAGCCUUUGUAUACUUCUUGUA